GGGCGCGCAGCAGGUGAAAACACAGCCGGCGCCUUCCGACCGAUGCUCGACUCUCCGUGGGCGGGACCAGGCGCGUCAGUCGGGCAUUACCGAUAAGGCGAAGUGAGGUGGAGAAGACGGACAGGUAGCGCUAGAUGAUUGGCUCGGAAGCCACUGCACUUUUAGUCCAUGUGGUUGCCUGGUUCUCCUAUGCAGACGCUUCGCUCCUUACGAGAGGCGUACGACCGAUCCAAGAGUAACACAGGUGUGAAAUUUCAAAUUAUUGCUAGUGGAUGAGAGUUAAACAACGGGAGCAUACCAGUGAGUCAGCAGUGUGCGUAUUGGAAAUGAAGUAGUGCAUCACGUAAAGUCUUAACGUGUGUGCCAUAACUGAAUAGAAAUGACAGGGAAGGUGAACACGCGCAGCCCCCACGACCACAGCAGCUGGGCGAUGUCUCCACCGGACGAGGGACUAGCAGCCGUCGACCUGACAGAGGACCAGGUAUGGGGUGCUCACAGCACAGACUCGACAGCGGCCCGAACGGAACUGACAUUCAGACAACAGGCUGUUCCGACGAGAAGCGCCGCCCGCCGAGUGAAGAAGAAGUCCGUCGGCUGCGGAGCCUUCUUCAGUUCCUGGGCCUCGCCUUCUCCCUCGACGAAGAAGCGGCCAGUCGCGAAGCCCCGGCGCAAGUCCGAGGCGGACAAGGAGGCGCUGCGCCAGCAGCUGAAGGCGCAGAUACAGGAGGAGUCGUCGUCGGAGGAGGAGCUGGACGUCGAGGAAGAGGCGCCCUCCGCAGCAGAAGUGCGCCGGCGCUCCGAGGCGGACGGCGAGUGGUGCCGCAGCCGCAGCAGGAGCCCCCUGCAGCUGGCCCACCGCCACUCGGUGCCGCUGCCCGGCGCCGGAGAGCGCAGCCGCCGAGGCCAGUGGUGCGACGGCCGCCAGCGCCGCGUGCUGCGCCUCGUCGACGACCUGUUGCUCGAUAUAUAUCGACACCGCCGGUCCUCGGUCGACUCCGACAGCGGCAGCUCCGUCCUCCCGCCGCGGCCCCACGUCGACUCGCGACUGCAUCUGCGCAGUGAGUACCGCUGA